UGAACUAUGACAGCUGACAAAAACUCAACUUUUAACGAUUAUUUAUUUAAUAUUUUGUAAAGAAAAUCACAAGCAAAAUGUCGUAUGAACGUCUACAUAACUCUUUUAUGCAGCAACGAAGGUAUACUACUGGAUCUGGAAAAAGAUUUACUGGUCAUUUGCCCUUCGGAUAUGCGGCAUUCGGAAAAACCAACGAAGCCAUGACGAAUAGCGCCCUUUGUGACUUUACCUCGAACUACCGCAAAAGAUUGAGCAACGAAUGGGCUCCAGUAGAAAUUGAUCGUCCAGACCCUCCGGUGUUAGUUCAACCAUCUGAAAUCUAUCACAGACAUAUUGGACAACUUCCAAACUAUGGUGGACAUAUUCCUGGUGCAAUAUUUAGAUACGGAAAAACAUACGGAAACGAUUCAAGAGACGCAAAGAGAUGGCUUAGAGGAGAUUUUGGAAAUUAGUUCAUCACAUUCAUAGCAUUUUGAGAUAAAAUUCAAAGAAAAGUGUGUCUGUGUAAUAU